AUGGGUGUAGUAUUGUUAUUGUUUCUAAUAUACUCAUUUGUGACUUGCCUGGCUGUGUCUUCAACCAGCGUCACAGAUGAGUAUGCACUUCUACCAGAAGUUUGCGUCUUUUUGGACCUGUUGUAUAGACAGAAGGAUGUUGGCAGAGAGGCAGCACUUGCUCCUCGAUUGAUGAUUUUUUUGUUCUAUUGGACUCUGUUGGUCCAGUAUGCACUUCUAGCCUUCAAAGCUCAUAUUACCUUUGAUCCUAGUAAUGUUCUGGCAACAAAUUGGUCAAAAGGCACCUCCUUUUGCAAUUGGGUUGGUGUUUCUUGCAGCCGUAGGCGCCAAAGAGUGACAGCCUUGAAUCUUUCAAAUAUGGGUCUUAGAGGUACCAUCCCCAAAGAAGUUGGCAACCUCUCAUUCCUCAGUUUCUUUGAUAUCAGUGAGAACAGCUUUCGUGGCCAUCUCCCUGGUGAACUAGGUCGUUUGCAUCGACUAAAAUCAAUCAAUUUUCGCGUCAAUGAGUUUAGUGGUAAAAUUCCAACAAGUUUCAGAAUUCUAACCAAGCUUGAAUACUUGCUUCUCUCUUACAACUAUUUCACAGGAUCUAUCCCCCGAGAGAUAGGAUAUCUUCCCAAGUUGAAGAUAUUAUACAUCAGUUAUAAUAACAUUUCAGAAUUCAUUCCUUCCACCAUCUUCAACAUUUCUUCUUUGCAAAAGAUUGCCCUCACUAACAAUAAGCUGUCUGGUACUCUUCCAGUGGACAUGUGCAAAAAUCUCUCAAAGCUUGAAGGGCUAUAUCUUUCACAGAAUCAGCUAGGUGGGAAGCUUCCUACUAGCUUACCCAAAUGUACUGAAGUUCAAAAUAUAUCACUGUCAUACAAUGAAUUUACAGGACAGUUGCCUUGGGGAAUCGGUGAAUUACCAGAUACAAUCUUCAACAUCUGUUCACUUGUAGAAUUUGAUCUCUCCUACAACAAAAUCUCUGGUGGUCUGCCUAAGGGUCUAUGUCGCCAAAAUCCGAGGCUUGAACUCAUUUAUCUUACCACAAACCAACUCACUGGCUAUAUCUCUUCUGGACUCUCCCAUUGUAAGGCACUUAAAGAACUUGAUCUAUCAUUUAAUAAUUUCACAGGAAGCAUGCCAAUUGACAUUGGGAGCUUGUCUGCACUUCAAGUUUUAUCUGUUGCUACAAAUAACUUGAAAGGUGAAAUUCCACUUUCAAUUGCUUAUAUGUCCAUGUUAGAGGAGAUUGAUUUGGGUUGGAACAAUUUUCAUGGUAUCAUUCCUUGGCAAUUGGGGCAACUCUCAAAUUUGAUAAUGUUAGUACUUUCUUUAAAAAAACUUAUGGGUGAAAUACCAUUGUCACUCUUCAACAUAAGUAGAUUAGAAAGCAUAGCCCUCGCAGAUAAUCAACUUUCAGGAAAUCUUCCAUCAAGUGUUAACCUUUGGCUUCCAAAUCUUCGUACUCUAUAUCUUGGUGGCAACCAAGUCUCUGGAAUAAUUCCCAACUCAAUCUCAAAUGCCUCCCAACUAGUUGAUAUUGAUCUGUCCAGUAACUUGUUCAUAGGUAGCAUUCCCACUACUCUCGGGAAUUUAAGCCACCUCCAAGUUGUUGGUUUAGGAUUGAAUCAGUUGAAAAAUGAUCCAUCGACACUAGAACUAAGUUUUCUCACUUCAUUAACAAAUUGCAGGCUUCUGAAAUCACUGACCAUAGAAUUUAAUCCUUUAAAUGGUAUUCUUCCAAAAUCCAUAGGAAAUUUCUCCAGCUCUCUUGAAGAAAUUACUGCAGGUGGCUGCCAACUAAAAGGUAUAAUUCCUAGAGAAAUUGGAAAUCUGAGCAACUUGAUUCUAUUGGCUCUAGGAGGUGAUGACUUGUCACGGUCAAUCCCGGUAACAUUUGGACAGCUACUGAAACUCCAGAUGUUGGAAACUGUUGAUACCAAUGCCUUAACUUCCGAAAUUCCAUCGACUUUGUGGAACCUUAAGGAUAUCAUUGUCCUGGGAUUGUCUUCUAAUAGUCUAACUGGUUCUCUAGCUCCAGAAAUUGGUAACUUGAAGCAUGUUACGCGGUUGGAUCUAUCAAAGAAUCAGUUCACAGGAAAAAUUCCAAACACAAUUGGGCAACUUCAGAGCCUGGCCAACUUCUCCAUGUCAGAAAACAGACUACAGGGUCCUAUACCCCAAUCAUUUUCUGAUUUGAUAAGUUUGGAACAAUUAGAUCUGUCACGGAACAAUUUUUCUGGUGCAAUCCCCAAGUCAUUGGAGAAACUUUUGUAUCUCAAGUAUAUAAAUGUUUCUUUCAAUAGACUAAGUGGAGAAAUUCCAAGUGGAGUACCUUUUGCAAAUUUCACGUAUGAAGCUUUCGUGCAUAAUUAUGCACUAUGUGGAGCACCUCAAUUCCAUGUCAGAGCAUGCAGAAGCCCCAAAAAAUCACGGAAGACAGAAAUUCUUCUAAAAUAUAUUGUACCACCAAUUGCCUCAUUGAUAAUUGCUGUUGCUUUUCUGAUUGGGUUGCUAAGAUGCAAAAACAAAAGCAAGCUACUUCCAUUCCAAUGUGAUUCACCACCUGGUGUAACACAUAGAAGGGUAUCACACCAAGAGAUUCUUUAUUCAACAAACUACUUGAGUGAAGACAAUUUGAUUGGUAAGGGAGGCCUUGGUUCGGUAUACAAAGCGGUAUUCGCUGAUGGGAUGGUUGCUGCUGUUAAGGUUUUCAAUUUAGUGCAACAAGGUGGUUGUACACUCACAACUAUUGCUUGGAUAUUGUCCAAAGGUUGUGCAUUUAUGAUAGAUGUUGCAUCUGCAGUAGAGUAUCUCCAUCACAGUUGUUCAACCCCCGUGGUGCAUUGUGACUUGAAGCCAAGCAACAUUAUGUUAGAUGAAGACAUGGUUGCACACGUAAGUGAUUUCGGCAUAGCGAAGCUCUUGAUGGAGAACAAGUCAAUGGCACAAACAAAGACAUUAGGCACCAUUGGGUAUGUGGCACCAGAGUAUGGUUCGGCUGAUAUAGUAUCUGCAAUGGCGGAUGUUUACAGUUAUGGAAUUCUGUUGAUGGAAACAUUUACAAGAAAGAAGCCCACAGAUGAUCUAUUUCAGGGAGAACUGAGUUUGAAGCAUUGA